AUGGCGGCACAACCGGACCACUUCCUCGUUGGAAAACGCAUAAUUGUCGCCGGCGGAAGUUUCGCAGGACUCUCGUUUAUACUUGCUUUGGAAAAGCUAUGGAAUUCUUCUCUUCCACGUCCCGAGAUCCUCAUGUAUGAGUACGACGCUCGCGUCAAGUCCAUCGAAAAGGACCCAUACAUGCUGAACAUCAACGGAUUCAGCCAAGAUGGCGGCCUAGUCACUAUCCAGGAUCUAGGCUUAUUGGAUGAUGUGCGAAAAUAUGGAACACUAAACAGCGGCGAUAUUCGUGUCUGGUCAGACAAUUGGAAGUGGCUUUCAUCCAUCAAUCCAACUGCAUACGGCAACCUGCCUGCGGCAACCAUUCGAAUCACACGCGAGAACUUGAAGCGCAUUCUCGACUGUGACCUCCUCGUUGCCGCAGAUGGCGCAGACAGCAACAUACGGGCCUGCUUUCGACCAAAGGACAUGAAGACUAAAUACGCCGGCGCGACUCAGAUUGGCGGAAUUUCGCGUCUCACAGGCUUAUUGCCCAAGCCCAUUGACAAGGACUACGUCUUGCAGAUGUCAUCCGGCGAAGGUGUCUGCUGUAUCUACAACCCCUUUGACAAGGAUACAAUUGCCUGGGCUAUUAGCACAAUCGGACCGGAAAGAGAAGCCAAAACGAACUUUAAUGAACAAGAAUUUGAAACCUUGAAAAAAGAGGCCCUUGAGACAGCCUCAAUGUUCCAAGAACCGUUCAAAACCGUCGUUGAAGCCACCAUACCAAAUACCGCAUUCAUCCGCCCAGCCAAAGAGAAAUACGCAUUCCGACACGGCGACACCAGUCUCAAAGGCGUCAUAUUCAUUGGCGACGCCAACCACAUCCUCAGCCCGUAUGAGUUUGUAGGCGCAAACCUAGCGCUGAAAGACGGCUGGGAUCUGGCAGAGCAGAUCUGUCGCAAUGGGUCUUCCUUGGAUUCUGCCGCUGCUUCCUAUGACCGGAGAAGUUUUGCGCGGUUUGAUCCCGUUUUUAAAUUUUCGCAUGAGCGGAUUGGGUUUGGGCAUUCGACGGGCAAGAAAUGGUUGUUUUAUAAAUAUGGGAUGGCUGCUCAGAGGAAAUUGAAACAAGUUCAUUAA